AUGGAGAAAAGCCAUCGCAAUGAGGAAGCCAAGGAAUCUCUUGUCGAAUUGGAGAAGAUUGCGCACAUGGAUGCUCGGGACGAUUUCAAAUCUUGGAUACACGACGCGGCCCCAUUUCCUUUGAUCAUGGAAAACAGCUUACUGAAAUAUCGCAAUGGCUCUGAGGCUUUGCGACUCCGACAAAACAUAUCCAUAUCAAUCCGUGCCGCUGGCUACCUUGAAGAGAUUAUCCUCAUGGCAAAAAAAGCACCCAAGAUGACCGCCAAAAAAGGGGAUCAUGAUAUUGAGAUGGAAGCCAUGGGUGAAACACCAACGGUGGAAAAAUCCAAGCUUGCAAGUCUUAAUGAUAAUGAUUGGAUUCUAAUCAGACGAGAAGAAGCGCAGCAAGGAGAUUUUUUUGGAAAGGAGUGGUCAAUCUUACAGCCACUUUAA